AUGAAUUACGAGUUAGAUUUAAAUGCCCUGAACAAACUCGAAGCGAUAGUACGAUGCCUGCCGUCUGACAUACAACAGCGACGGGCGGAAGAGGUGGCCAAGCAGACAUUACCAGUUGGUAUCACGCCAGCCGAAGAUCAUUGUGCUGCUGCCACAUUGUUGGUAAACUGGUUUCUUGGCAUCGAAGAGGAGGAUGAGGGUCCACAAGACGUUUAUUACAAAUUAAGUUAUACCCAAACCACUUGA